CUAAAUGCAUACUUUACACAACGGAUAAACCGUCACCAUGUCCCCAACCACCAGUUUCGGAAACUGCAAAUAAUGAACGCUCUCCUCCUCCCUCCACCGUCCGCCACCACAACCACCACCACACACUUCCUCCGCCACCGCAACAUCUCCAAUCCGCCCCUCUCUACAGCCUCCUACAAACACUCACCUUUCCGUUCAUCCAUCACCUCACUCUCUUUAUCAGAAGAUGACGUCAUCACUCAACACGACGACGACGUCAUUUCACCCUACGUUAACCGCCGCUACGACUUCUCUCCUCUCCUCCACUUCCUCUCCACAUCCGGCGACUCAACCGAGUCACAAAUCACUGAGUCACAACUCGCCGGGUCAUACCGAUCAGUUCCGGCUUCUCUCUGGCAUUACCUUCUCAAAACCCUAGCAACUUCAUCUUCUUCACCGGACUCAGUUUCAACAGUCUACGCGCUCGUUGAUUGGCUCCACAGGCACAAAUUAUGCUUCUCGUAUGAAUUUCUCUACUCGAUUUUGAUCCACGCGCUCGGACGCUCCGAGAUGCUGUACGAAGCGUUUUUGCUUUCGCAGAACCACGCGCUCACUCCGUUAACUUACAACGUUCUCAUCGGCGCGUGCGCGCGUAACGAUGAUUUAGAAAAAGCGGUUAUUCUGAUGAACAGAAUGCGUGCGGAAGGUUACCAGUCAGAUUUUGUUAAUUAUAGUUUAAUUAUUCAAUCGCUUGUACGGAAUAAUCAAAUAGAUUCUGGAUUGUUGAACAAGUUAUAUGAUGAAAUGGUUUCAGAUGCUGUUGAGUUAGAUAUAGAGUUGUUGAAUAAUGUUGUUUUAGGUUUUACAAAAGCAGGUGAUGUUGAUAGAGCUAUGCAUUUUUUAGGUGUGAUUCAGGGGAACGGAUUGACACCAAAGGUUUCGACUGUUGUUUCUAUUGUAUCAUUGUUGGGGAGUUUGGGGAGAGUUGAGGAAGCGGAAGCGGUUUUUGAAGAGAUUAGUGAUGGCGGAUUGAAACCGAGGACUAGGGCUUAUAACGCGGUGUUGAAAGCGUAUGUUAAUAACGGUAGUUUAAAGGAUGCGGAGUGGGUAGUGGAUGAGAUGGAGAGGAAUGGGGUUUCACCGGAUGAGUAUACGUAUAGUCUUUUGAUAGAGGCGUAUGGGAAUGCUGGUAGGUGGGAGAGUGCGAGGAUUGUGUUGAAGGAAAUGGAGGUGAAUAAUGUGAAGCCGAAUUCGUAUGUGUUUAGUAGGAUUUUGGUCGCGUAUCGCGAUAGAGGCGAGUGGCAAAGAUUGUUUCAAGUUUUGAAGGAGAUGCAGGCGUGUGGUGUGAAACCGGAACGACAGUUUUACAAUGUGAUGAUUGAUACGUUUGGGAAGUAUAAUUGUCUUGAUAAUGCGAUGGCGGUGUUGGAACGGAUGAGAGAUGAAGGGAUUGAGCCUGAUACGGUUACGUGGAACACGAUUAUAGAUUGUCAUUGUAAAUCUGGACAGCAUGAUAAAGCAGAGGAACUGUUCGAUGAAAUGCAGCAGAGUGGGUGUUCGCCUUGUGUUGCUACGUAUAAUAUAAUGAUUAACUCAUUUGGAGAACAGGAAAGGUGGGAGGGAGUGAGGGGCUUGUUAAGAAAGAUGAAAAGUCAGGGCUUGCAGCCUAAUGUGAUAACUUAUACGACGUUAGUUGAUAUAUAUGGUCGGUCAGGGAGGUUCAUGGAUGCCACUGAAUGCUUAGAGGAUAUGAAAUCUGCUGGUUUGAAACCAACAUCAACGAUUUAUAAUGCUCUGAUUAAUGCCUAUGCUCAGAGGGGUCUAUCUGAGGAAGCACUGAAUGCAUUUAGGGUCAUGAGAAGUGAUGGUUUGAAACCUAGUAAUUUAGCUCUUAAUGCAUUAAUAAAUGCUUUCUGUGAAGAUAGGAGAGACGUUGAAGCCUUCGCAAUUUUACGUUCAAUGAAAGAAAAUGACCUGAAACCGGAUGUUGUCACAUACACCACUCUUAUGAAAGCUUUGAUUCGUGUGGAGAAAUUUGAUGAGGUCCCGGCCGUUUAUGAAGAAAUGAUAUUGUCUGGGUGCACCCCAGACCGCAAAGCUAGAGCUAAGCUACGGUCUGCACUGAAGUAUAUGAGACAAAGACUGAAAUCAGAGUUCCAUACCACGGCAAAGUACUGAUAUCAUCAUUCACCAACCACCCACAACACCCUGGUAAACCAUGGUCCACCAACAUCGGGUGGGUGGUCCGUUUGUUGCUCAAUUGGGUUUGAAAUUAUCCACUAUGAGCUUGUUUACUUUUGUAGCAUACUUGCACAUAUCAGAAUUAUGUUCACCAGGUAGACCUUGUUCUUACUUGUAAAUGUUAUCUGUUAAAAAGUCAAAGGGUCAAACAAGAAAAUACAACAAACUGGGAGCAGCAGAUACAAAAUUCACAUGGGAUUCUUAAUUUAUUUAAAUUGCUAAGGUAGAAGCAUACACAAGUACGUGUAAUGGACUCAUUCUUUGGAUAAUUUGUGCAUAUGCAUGUUGCAGGUGAUAAUUUUUUAACUGGAAAUAUCAGGUUGAAAUUUAUGUAUUUGACUUUGUGUAUAUAUGGUGAAUUUACAUACAACCAUAGUUUAUUUU